AUGCCUUUACCGGGAACUCCAUCUCCAUUCCGCGUGUCCCGCCGCUAUGCGCCCGCUCGGCGCGUUAAUCCCCAAUUCGCGAAUUCUCCGCGCUUCAUAUUGUCCCAGGUAGUAGCAGAGAACAACGAAUUAGAUAUAGACGAUGAUGACGAAGCGCCAUCGACUACUCCCAUUGCAUUUACUCCAGCGCGUACACUAGCGCAGAAAAGGAAUAUUUUUCCGCGUCCACAAAGGGAUUUAAUUGAGGAUUCGGACGAUGGCGAGCUGCUUAGAGAUAAUGCACAUACCCCAGCGCAGUCUUUCAGCACCAUUAAUCCGCACCGACAGAGAGAUAUUAUCGAAGACUCUGACGAUGGAGAACUGCCUAGAGAUAGUAUUGCUCAGGGAAUUGAUACGACGGAAUUGGCUGGUGAUGCCAUACACAGCACACCACCAGACGAAUUCUCCACUCAUGGGCUCCUGAGUGUCCAGGAAAAUUCUCCCUUUCGAUCCAUUCAGGAUGACACAAAGCGCCAGCGACUUUCGACCGAAGAGCAACAACCACUGGCGCAAAAGCUACAUACAGGACCGAAUGUCUACAAAAGACCAACUGCGUCAAUUCUAUCAACUCCAGGGAACUCAGUAACACCUUUCCGCAGCAAGCCUCGAUUUAUGCUAUCAACAAAGAAGCUACCCAAUAACCAGCCUAUAUUUCGAGCAGAGACACCCUCUGCUCCUGAGGAGACUCCACAACCCGAAAGAAGGAAAUUGGCUUUUGUUCUCCCUCGCUCACCAUCACCAUCUGCGGUAAAUGAGAGUAUUCCCGCACCGUUCUCACCUUCUUCACGUACCCUGCGUCGUCGUGGUCGACCUCGUUCUGGAGCACCGAGCUAUACACCAGGUGGAAUGGCCGCUGAAGUGCGUAGCUGGAUUCUCGAAAUGGGAUCCAAGCAUGAGCCAAUUGCUACUACCCUGGUGCCCGUUGAGUCUCGUAAUGACCCUAGUCGAUAUCACAUGUCUGCACGUGUCAUUUCUGUCCGACAGGAUAUGCAUACCAGCUCCGGUCCGCUAUCAUUCAUACAAGCUGAAACAAGAAGUGCCCCAUCAGAUGAAAAGCAAGUUUUCAAUUUGGUGGCCAUGGGACUGCCUCGUUCGAGGCCAUCUGCCCCGAGCACCGGAACAAUACAGCCAGGAAAUCUGCUUGGUAUCCACCGGGGCUUGACAUGGACUGUCGAUCUAGAAUCCUCUCUAUCAUCCGAACCGCCUGAGAAUGGUGGUGCAAAUCGGUGCUGGUUAGUAGCGAUGGAGUGGGAACUGCUUGAUGACGAAACGCCAUAA